ACAUGAUUGUAGUUAUUGAAAUUGAAUUAGAAAACCCUUUCAAGUGAUGAUGUGAUGUAUGUGAAUGUUACGUUACACAGAAUUUGUUAUGUAGUAACAAUCUGAUUUCAUUUAUUAACUUUCUUUUGUUAUUGUAGGUGCGACUGGUGGAAUAAUUUUCUUUGAAUCUAGUUGUAGAUUGUAGUAAGAAAAAUGGGAAAACAGAACAGCAAACUCAAACCUGAAGUACUGGAGGAUCUUAGACAAAAUACUGAAUUUUCUGAUGCGGAAAUUCAGGAAUGGUACAAAGGCUUCCUGAAAGACUGUCCAAGUGGACACUUAAGUGUUGAAGAGUUUAAGAAGAUAUAUGGGAACUUUUUCCCAUAUGGGGAUGCAUCAAAGUUUGCAGAACAUGUAUUUAGAACAUUUGAUGCGAAUGGAGAUGGGACUAUAGACUUCAGAGAAUUUUUAUGUGCACUUUCUGUCACGUCUCGAGGAAAACUUGAGCAAAAACUAAAAUGGGCAUUCAGUAUGUAUGAUUUGGAUGGAAAUGGGUACAUUUCCAGACAAGAAAUGUUAGAAAUUGUGACAGCAAUCUACAAAAUGGUUGGCUCUGUAAUGAAAAUGCCUGAAGAUGAGUCAACACCUGAAAAAAGAACAGAUAAGAUUUUUCGUCAAAUGGAUAAAAAUAAGGAUGGUAAACUUUCAUUAGAUGAGUUCAUUGAAGGGGCAAAAAGUGACCCGUCCAUUGUCCGACUACUGCAGUGUGAUCCACAAGCACAGUGAGAGGAUUGGUAGAUGGUAACUGAACUUCUGAGGCUUAUAUCACCAGAAUUGUGCUUAAUUCUGUGCUUGGUCAUGUGCCCAAUCUUGAACAUGGGCUUUGGUACAAAGAUUAUAACAGACUGAGUUCAGUAAAGAAGAGGGCUGCAAAAGAAGUCCAUUGUUGAAUCAUGUCAUACAUGAAAAUGAUAAUGAACUUCUAACUUCAUUCACAUAAAGUUCUGCCAUUGAAUUGCAAGCAGGUGAACUGUGUUAGUGUGAUUUUGAAGUUUUAUUUAAAUGGAUGAGCGCAGUAUUGCAUGUAAGUGGCACAGUGGCCUGUGUGGCAGAUGGUUUGUGUCAAUUCCCUCUUUAUUCUGAUCAAGUUAGAAUAUGUGAAAAUUCUAUCAGUAAUAUGUUUUUAAAUAAAUUGUUCAUUACAUGCAUAUUCUUUGCACAUAUGUGCAUGUAUGUCAACAGUUUUUAAAAUAAAAUGACAUUCCUUGAUACUCCUUCAAUGAUAUAGCUCUGUUUUUUUGUAUUUGAUGUCUUUCUGACUUGAAUUAAUUCACAAAUCUUUGAAUUUUGGAAAUUAUCAUUGUAUGAAUGUCAUCUGUGCACCUUUAGUUUUCUUGCAUCUGUGUAGUUAUACUGAACUUCUUAAGAAAGCUUAACUGAACAGCUGUGAGUUAUGAAUAGUCUGAAGCAUUGUUGUCUUAUUGGCUGUCAAUUAUGUAAUAGUUCAACUUCAAAUAAAUGUUCAGGUA